GGACAAAUAUUUAAAAAAAAUUUUUUUUCGUUUUUUUUCUAUUAUUUAUUUGCCGUUGUUUUAACAGUGAAUCGUAAAAGCUUUAACUUGCUCCAUUGUUAACUAAAUUAAAUUUUAAUAAAUUAGAUGAGUGAUAAUAAUUCAAUUAUUUCUGCUGUUGGCCGUGGUAGGGGUAGGGGAAGAGGAAGAGGUAUUGAACCUCAAAAUGGAAUUAUAUCUAAUUCUCAACACCUGGCACAGAGAAGUCAGGAAUUUACGCCUCCAAAUUUAUCACUUUCACAAAAAAGUAUAGCAGAUAGUUCUCCAAAAAUAUCUCAACCACUAAGUGAAACAAUGUUUCAAAAUUCACAAGAAGUCUCAAAAGUAUCGGAAUCUAAAAUUUCAAAUUCUCCCGUAAUUUCAAAAUCUACAAGUGCAAAUAAUUUUAAACCAACAGUAUCAAUAUCUAGUCUUGUUGAAAAUAUUGAUAAGUUAACUGAAAAUGAAAUUCUGUCAACAUAUCCUAGUAAAAUAGAUGAAAACAAAUCAGAGGGAAACAUAGAAAAACUUGUGAACUUGCUUUGUGAAAAAGCAUUGGAUCAACCUGAUUUAGGACCGACCAUUGCAAAACUCUGCAAUGCAAUAUGGAUAUCUGAAUCACUGCAUAACUUGGUAGUUAAUCCUCUUAUGAAGGCAAUACAAGACAAAUACAAAAAAAAAGAUGUUAAUAAACGCAAUUCAUUUUAUGGUUUGUGUGUGCUCUUAUGUGAACUUUAUAAAUUACUGCGCUCAAAAGAUCUUCCUCUUAAACCGCUUACUAAUCCCGUAUGUUGUUUGCUCAAAGAACUUUUACUAUCAGAAUCUCCAUCUUCCGAGGAUGUGUUUUAUUUUUACCAAGAGCUUGAAAGUGUUGGUGAAAUCAUAGAAAAGUACUCCCCGGAAAAUAUGGAUGACAUUAUUAAUAAGACGCGUCAAUUAGCGAUAUCAUCUACUGUCUCUCCAUCUGCAAGAUGUCGGCUUGUUCAGCUCAUUGAGUUACGUGCUGGAUCUUGGAAAAUGAACGAUGAUAUUAAAUCUAUUUAUGAAGAUACUUUUAUGGAACUCAUACAAUAAAAAUUUAAUAAAAUAAUAUUUUUUAAUUUUAAUUAAA